GAUCUCCACACUAAGAGUAACAGUAUGGUAGAAGACCUGAAAAAGGGCGCUGGGGUUUAUUAUAUCACCCUGCAGAGGCGCAGAAGAGCUCUAGUCUAAUAUUAAUGACUAGAAAACUUGCACAAAACAAGCAAAGAGGACAAUUAACUCCUGUAGAGACAUGUAAAACUACUGAGCUGAAUUAGUUCCACUGUGAGUGGGUGAAGAACCUCAGCCUUCAGCUGUCACCUGGUUACCUGGGUGUAAAGAAGAAAAUUAGAGGUUGAAAGUGAAGACAAAGCGGGGAUAUAAUUGUUCAGUUUGGGGUUGGAGCAGGUUAAACAGGAGCCAUGCGUGGUUGUGCCUGGAGCUUUCGAGCUCUGUCCCCAGCCCUGCUCCCCCGGCUCCGCUCCUGCUCUCGGUGCUGCAGGACACCGGCGGUCUGCCAUGGCCUGUGGCGCUCAGUCCAGUUCUACAGCACGGCUCCGGAAGCCCAGGUCGCCCCUCUGCCCAGUCAGGCUCGAGUCGUGAUCUGUGGAGGAGGAAUCGUGGGAACGUCUGUCGCUUAUCAUCUGGCGAAGUUGGGCUGGACGGAGAUUGUGCUUCUGGAGCAGGGAAGGCUCGGAGCUGGCACAACCCGGCUGUGUGCGGGGAUAGUAAGCGUUGCCAAGCCCAUCUUUAUCGAGAGCCAGAUGGCAGACUACUCGAUUGCGCUGUACGAGCGCCUGGAGCAGGAGACUGGUGUCAAAACAGCUUUUGUCAGGACCGGAUCACUGUGUUUGGCUCAGAACCAGGACCGUUUCCUCUCGCUUAAGCGUCUGGCAUCCAGACUCAACGUUUUGGGUAUAGCCUGUAACAUCGUCAAACCCAAAGAGGUUUCCAAGCUCCACCCGAUGGUCAACAUUCAUGAUUUGGUGGGAGCUCUCCACCUUCCAGGAGACGCUGUGGUCUCGCCUGCAGACAUCAAUCACGCCCUGGCAGUUGCAGCAGCAAAGCACGGAGUCCAGAUCCAUGAACGAACCAGCGUGAACCACGUUCUUGUGGAAAAAGGUCACGUUAAAGCGGUGGAGACGGACCGAGGCGCCAUUGAGUGUGAAUACUUUGUCAACUGUGCUGGACAGUGGGCGUAUGAGCUCGGUCAGAGCAGUGAAGUUAAGGUGUCUGUGCCUCUGCAUGGCUGUGAGCACUUCUACCUCCUCACCAAACCUCUACAGGAACCUCUGCAACCCACAACACCUGUGGUGAUGGAUAUGGACGGCAGGAUCUACAUACGGACGUGGCAGGGCGGCAUUCUCUCAGGAGGCUUCGAGAAGAACCCCAAACCCAUCUUCACAGAGGGCCGCAAUCAGCUGGAGAUCCAGAACAUGCAGGAGGACUGGGACCAUUUCGAGCCCAUGCUGAGCGCUUUGCUGAGAAGAAUGCCAAACCUGGAGUCGUGUGAGAUCCAUCAGCUGGUGAACUGUCCCGAGUCCUUUACCCCGGACAUGCGCUGCCUCAUGGGCGAGACUCCGGGAGUGCACGGCUACUUUGUCCUGGCAGGCAUGAACUCCUCAGGGCUGUCUUUUGCAGGAGGGGCUGGCAAAUAUUUAGCUGAGUGGAUGACUUACGGCUAUCCGACCGCUAACGUUUGGCCUCUGGACAUCAAGCGUUUCGGAAAUCUGCAGAGCAGCCGCACUUUUCUGCGUCAUCGCGUGAUGGAGGUCAUGCCACUGCUAUAUGAGCUGAAAGUGCCGAGAUGGGACUUCCAGACAGGCAGACAGCUGCGCACCAGCCCUCUUUAUGACCGUCUGGACACACAGGGGGCUCGCUGGAUGGAGAAGCACGGCUUUGAGAGGGCCAAGUACUUUGUUCCUCCAGGAAAGGAUUUGCUGGCCCUGGAUCAGAGUAAAACCUUUUACAAGCCAGACUGGUUUGACAUCGUUGGUGCUGAGGUGAAGUGCUGUAAGGAGGCGGUGUGUGUCAUCGACAUGUCAUCCUUCACCAAGUUUGAGCUCACAUCAGCCGGGGACCAGGCCUUGGAGUUGCUCCAGUGGCUGUGCGCUAAUGAUUUGGACGUCCCUGUAGGACACAUCGUCCACACAGGCAUGCUCAAUGAGAGAGGGGGCUACGAGAACGACUGCAGCGUGGUCCGCCUGAGCAAGAACAGUUUCUUCAUCAUCUCUCCUACGGAUCAGCAAGUGCAUUGUUGGUCUUGGAUUAAGAAGCAUAUGCCCAGUGACCCACAGCUCCACCUAGAGGAUGUCAGCUGGAAAUACACUGCUCUGAAUCUGAUCGGUCCCCGGGCCAUGGACGUGCUGUCCGAGCUCUCCUACGUCUCCAUGACUCCUGAGCAUUUCCCUUCUCUGUUUUGUAAGGAAAUGAGUGUGGGCUACGCUAAUGGAAUCAGAGUAAUGAGCAUGACGCAUACAGGAGAGCCAGGCUUCAUGCUGUACAUCCCUAUAGAGUACGCGCUGCACGUGUAUAACGAGGUGAUGUCGGUGGGUCAGAAGUACGGCAUCCGUAACGCAGGGUACUACGCCCUGCGCAGCCUACGCAUCGAGAAGUUCUUCGCCUUCUGGGGACAGGAUCUCGACUCGUUCACUACGCCCAUCGAAUGCGGCCGCGAGUUCCGUGUCAAAUUCGACAAGGAGACAGACUUCCUGGGCAGGGAGGCCCUGUUGCAGCAGCGUCAGGAGGGCGUGACGCGCCGCUUCAUCAUGCUGGUCCUGGAGGAUCACGACCCUGAGCUGGACCUGUGGCCUUGGUGGGGCGAAGCCAUUUACCGUAACGGAGAGCUGGUGGGCGUGACCACUAGCAGCGCCUACAGCUACACCCUGGAGCGCCACGUGUGUCUGGGUUUCAUCAGCUCGCCAGGGCCACACGGCAGCGCAAACGUCAUCACGCCCGACUUCAUCAACCGCGCCGAGUACCAGGUAGACAUCGCCGGACACAGGUACCCGGCCAAGGCCAAGCUUUACCCGUUCAGCUCGCUUUUCGCCCAGCAGAAACGCCGCAAGGAGGAUGUCGAGCUUAGCAACUUACAGGGCAAGUAAAGGGAUUAAAGUAAAGCGUAGAAUAAAUAGACCAUGAUAUUUGCUUUUCCCAUAUGAUCCACAAUCAGCGCAAUUUUUUUUUUUUUUUUUUUUUUUUGCUUACUUUGUAAGUGCAAUAUACGUCAUCACAUGUGCUGUUUGUCCAAGCUGUCUCAGUCCUGACUCUCUGGAACACCAGCUUUUUAUCUCGAAAGCACAUCCAGUCAUAUUGCACAAACUUUCACUACCUGAUCAGGUGUGUUUGGAGGUGAACCAGCUGACGUGACGGUGUUUAAGGGCUGCAUUAAGACUCCCUGUAUUUAUAUACUAUAAGCCUAACUUUUUUUUUUUUUUUAUUGAGCACUGUGUCAUCAUUAUGUGAGUCUACUUUUUUUCUUUUUCUUUUUUUAAAGGAAUCCUGUAAAAAGAGACUGUAAAAAGGAUAUUCAAAUGCUUUUAUCAAGCAAAGGAAACGUCACGAUUCUUAUCUGUGCAAAUUGCACGUGAGGUACAGAUGCACUAGAUAUACAUUAGAAUGGGGAAAAAAUGAUUAGGAUGGGAUUCCGCCUUUAAAUAAUCCGUCCUGUGAGCCGAGCGUGUUUUCAAUGUGUUUUUUUUUCUUUUUGGACAAUCGAAUUCUAAUCAUUAAGAAGGUUUUUGUGGUGUCGAACAAAACAGACAUACAGGGUGACGUAAUGUUUAACCGUGAGUUUGCAUUCUUCAAGCCAUUUUGAACAUAUGUCAAAGAAGUGUAUUUUCAUAUAUCUAUAUAUAUAGUGUACAAAGAAAGACCUUUUUGAAAUGAAGAGUAGUGUAUAAAACUGUGUGCAAAUUGUGUUCAUGUCUAAACAUAAAGCACUUCAUUAUAAUCUAUGAUGUUAAACAUGUAAUAAACAGUGGUUUUAAUAUUGAAUGAUGUAUCGACUACUGUUGCACAACACCAUGAAGGUCGCUACGUUCAUGUGAACAACUGAGGGAAAGUCUCGGUUGGGCGCAAACAUCGUAUAGGAGGGAUGAUCGAGUCAAACUGGGACUUUAAGCCGUCUAGACAUACAAUCAUUCACAAACACCACUCGAACAGUUAUAGGAACUCGGCUAACGGUUAUUGCCACAGCCUCCUGACCUUGCGUCACAUGUUUGGGCCAUUAAAGGAGUUCCUGGGAGGCCAGGGUUUCAGAUUUAAAACAGACUGGCAGUCUAAUUAUAAAAACUUUCCACCUUGAUGGUGUCUAAGCAUAAGUGAAACACUGGGAUAAGUGCAUUAGCGUAUCAGGGGAUUAUAUAGAGAAAUAAAGGGAGUUUUUAAAACUCUUAUAACUGUGUUACAAUCAAAAGUCCCGGUUUGACUUGAACACACCGUGUACAUACGUCUUUUUUUCUUUUUUUUUGUGCUGGAUCUUUAUUACAUAUAUUUCCAGACACAAACACUUUUAUUAUUGUAAUGAAGACUCAUUAAUAUAGUUGUCUUUUUUUUUUUUUUUUUCCUACGCGUGUGCGCGCAUGUGUGACUUGUUUUUACACAAGUUGAAGGUUUGAACCUGAAUAACACUGCACUAUCGGCAAUUUAUAUGACAUUAUAUUUUAUUGUUUUGUUUUUCACUCUGUAUUGUUGUUGUACAUCCCUAAUAGUCUCUUAUCAACAUUUUAAACAAUAAAAAUAAGGAAAAUCUUUAAGUUUUUUUUCUUCUAAUGUGUGUUGGUUUGGUUAUUUGUUUAAACAUAAACAAUAGGCGAAAAAUUAACUUUUGAAUUUGGUGACCGUCGUAUGCAAAAGUUUUUAUCCCCUUAGGACAAUACACAGAAUGUUAUUUCUAGGUGUUGGGGCUUUUUUUUCUUUAAAUAUCUUGUCCUUUUCUUAAACAAAUAACAAAUCAUCCAACAAUAUGAAUUAUAAGAAAGCCUUGUUUUUUUUGUUUGUUCCUCUCAUAACUUGCAGGUUUUUAUAACAUCCUGUAACAGCUUGUCUUAAUUUUAAUUUGUAACAUUUGUACACACACUAACCAGACUUCCAUCUAACAUGCUGUUCAUUUUAAAUUCUCCAAAUAUUUUGAAAAAAAAAAUAAUCGGUCAUCACGAGCGCAUAGAGAGUGUUAAACAUGCUGUUUACCUUUGUUUGGAAUUAUAAUUUUUUUUAAGCUGCUUGAACAGGUAUGUGGUAUUAAAUGUCUGUAUCGUCUUUCCAAUCUGAAAGAGACUCAAUAAGGCUGUCCAUCAUAUUUCAUGUGUUUGUCCUGUUAUAUCUGUAUCUUAAAGAAAUAAAUAUGUAAUUAAAUUGAAUUGUG